AUGUUCACGGAUUCUUUUGAUUCAUCCUUAUUCAACAUGAAAUACUUGAGCUCCCGUGAUAAGACCUGGUACGGGCCUUCAUGGGGCGGGGUUAAUAGUCUUCGGACGGCGUCGACGCGGAUAAAAACAAACAAACACUUGUGUAUAUCCGGGUGGAUUUGCUGUUUACGUGUUAGGCCGCGUAGACGUUGGUCGAAAGGAUCGAAAAUGGUGCUUAAGACGUUCAGUGUACGAGAAGGGGUCUAGUUCGCCGGUGGUGCGAGAGUCCAGUACCAUCUCACCAGGGAGCCUGAGGGUCAUCCCGAACACGAGUUCUGCGGGCAGCUCCCAAUAUCCUCUUUGAUUGCAUUGUGUAUGCCAAGCAGGAUAGCAGGUAGACGCUCAGACCAGCGUGAGUCGGAUGAACUGGCCAUAAUGAUAGCUGUUAAUUGUCGAUGGAAGCGCUC